AUGGGUACAAUAAGGAAUUUUAUAAAUUAUUUGCCCCGAAGUCUAAUUAUAUGGAUCUCUUUAUUUAUCAAUGUACAAUUAAACAGGAAACGUCUUGAAAAUCGCCUAUUAAUUUCACUAUGUAUUUUCUGUUGUCUUUGUGGCAUCCCCUUUUGUACUCGAGGCGGGAUAUAUAUUUUUCAUGCAAUUGAAAAUCUUAAUUCAAACUGGAAUUCAUUUUCUUUAUCGCUUGUACAAGUACUUGUUGUUUGCCAUGUUUAUGGUGUAGACAAUUUCCUCGAAGACAUUGGUGAAAUGUUGCGUGCAGAAAAACCGCCACGUCCUGUUCUUAUUACGGGCAUAAGCCGAGAACAGUUUCUUUGGCAUAGAUUUUGUUACUUCUUUGGUCCAUGCGGUGGAUAUAUCAAAUGGAUGUGGAGUUUAUUUGCACCCAUUGUCCUCAUACUUUUGUUAUUUGCAUCCAUAUUAAGUUACGAGAGAGUACGGUUUAAUAACGUAGAAUUGCCAUUUGUUUUCGAAAUGAUCGCUUGGAUUACGAUGAUUGGACCUCUACUAAUUGUCCCAGGAGCAGCAAUUUGGAAUAUCAUCGAGGCAUUUCGAAAUGAUCGGCCAAUAAAAGAUGUUUUUGGCACUAACAAUUGGCGGCACAAAGAGGAAGAGAAUAAGCAACCUAAGCAUCAGGACGAAGGCAGACAACAUCUUUAUUCAUAUAUCGAUCCACUUUCUCGAGGAGCCUCAGCCAAAUCUAAUAAAAACAUUUCCAAUUUUUCUUCAUCUUGGAAAAAAGAGCAUGACGAUGAGAGAUAUGCUCGAGUAACGCAGCAGCUGCGCCAAUGGACUAGACAGGCUGGCAAGAGCACAAGUGAAAGCAAUUUAACUGACAGGCCUGAACUAAAUCAACAGAAUUAUGAUGAAUAUGAAGACACAGAUGAAUUGCGAGAGUCUCAAUAUAAUGUCAAGGCUAUGUCAGUUGUAAAAUAUUCAAUGCAUAAAGGCUUGAUUCAAUUUCCUUUACACCCUGUACAACAACAAAAAGAAAUUGAAAUCAUAGAAACUAAUGAAUUGGAUAAAACCAAAGCAUUCAAAUCAGAUGAUUCUUUCCUGUUUGGACCACCACCUCAACUGUUUCAGGCUAAUAAUUAUAAAGCAAGCAUGUAUCCAGAUAAACUUGAAUUGACAAAUCUAUCGUUGGCCGCUAAUACUAGUAAAAACAAUAUAAGAAGACCACAACCUAUAGUAGUAAAACGAAAUGUAUUGCCAGAUAAUUCGGUAUCAAUAGCUCGUAAUUAA